AUGAGCAUGGCGUUUUGCGCUCGACCAAGUGGCACAUGCCUGCGAUGUGCUGAGAUCAAACAAGGCUGCAAAGGUGGCAUCCCUUGCGACCGAUGCACCCGGUUGAGUCUUCCCUGCCGUCCCAAGAACCCGGUGGCCUCUCAACCACGUGUGCAUAUCUUGGACGAUUUCAACAACAUUUUGCUGGAGAAGCCAAAGGCAAAGAUACGAAGAGUCCAGACUGGCUGCUUGACAUGCAAAGCACGCAAGAAAAAAUGCGAUGAAAGGAAGCCUCAUUGUGGCGACUGUAGGAGGCUUUGCCUGCAGUGCUCGUGGCCUGCUGAAAGGCCGGGACGGAGGAGAGUUGGAGACCGGGAAAAUGAAAUAUGGUCAGAUGCAGAUGAAAUCCUUGGCCUAUCGACGGAAAGAUCGCGAAGUUUAAGUCACUCGACUGGCUCGGCCGAAUCGAAUCUUGACGCAAGCAUCGCCGACUUGCUCUGUCAAAUGUCAUCUGCCUCUGCCUUCGAUGCACCGGUCAUCGACGAAGCCGCUCCAACCCAGGAGCCAUACUGGAGCUUAUCACCUGAUGCAGCCUGGCUUGACAUACUUCCGAAAACACCCCCUGCCAACGCGAGCCCGCCAGUAAGCAUGAAAGAUACAUCACUCAGCUUGUACACACCGAGCUUAGUUCCAGACAUGACGUCUCCCCAUGACAAGGCCUUACUCAAUCACUAUUCGACCAUUGUCGCCUCCGUAUUGUCGAGGCGUACGAACACAGCAUCCAAUCCCUACGUUGGUUAUAUUCUGCCAAUGGCCAUGUCAAACCAACUUAUCCUUCAUUGCGUACUAGCCUUGAGUGCCACACAUUGGCAAAGGCUUCAGCCAUGCAUGCGGGACCGGGCAUUGUUUCACCAAGGUCAAGCAACACAAUCGCUUGCUCGUCUGCUUCCGCAUGUUGAUGCUAACUCAGUCGACAUUGCCCUGGCAUCAUGUCUAUUGCUCUGCAUGACAGAGCUUUUUGAUGGCACCUCACAAGGGUGGAAACUUCAUCUCCAAGGAGCGAAGCGUCUCUUAUCAACACUCAAGUUUCAGCAUGGCGAUAUGUUGACCGGGCAUUUCAAGUUCUCUGUCAAGUUGGCUCGAUUUCUGGAUAGUGCAGCUACGACAAGCACAUGCAAACCUCCUCUGAUUGACAAUGAAACGGUGACAACCUCACUUGAUCUGACUGAGGAUGUCAACGGCGAGGACACAGCAGUGUACGGGAUACCAAAGGAGUUGUUCCAUUUAGUUGAUCGCAUCAAUGAUCUGGCUAGCAAGCGAGGAACGAGGGUCGAUGAUCGUUCAGAGGCUUUGUUCCGUCACGAAGCGGGAAAGAUUCAAGAGCAACUAGACAACUGGGCCUAUGACUACGGAGGACUUCCCGGUGCCGUUGCCUCCCUUUCCCCAAGCAACGAUGACGUUCUUCACGCAACAACUGCAUACGAAUGGGCACUUCGGCUCCGACUACACCAGAUCACAGAAGGUUACUCGCUUGGCGAUAAGGUAUCCGAAUGUGUAGAACGCAUUAUCGAGUCAGCUCAAAAAGUCCGUUACGGUAGUUCUGUGGAGAGCUGUCUGUUGUUUCCACUUGUUAUGGCUGGUGGUUCUUGUGACUGUCUUGGGCAGAGAUUGAUCGUGCAGGAUAGGCUGAUGGUUAUGGAGCGGACUUGUGGCUUUGGGUACAUUCAUCAGAGCCGGGAACUAGUGGAAAAGGUAUGGAAGAGAAGAGAAACAGAGCCCAUAGUCAACUGGGCGAGGAUCCGAUACGAGGAGAUGGGCGGCUUGGCUCUUUACUAA